AUGACAAACAGUGAGGGAAGUCGUGCUUCGCAAAGGAGAAUGGUUGAGGGUGAAUCAAGCAAUGCAAGGGAGAGAAGGCUAAAAAUGCAAGCCGAUUUGGAAGCAAUGACUCAAAGGAUGGAAGAGUCUGAUGCAGAGGAGUAUGUCUACUCUGAGGAGGAGUCUGAGAGCGAGAGAUUGAGGGAGGAAAGGAGAACCAAGAAGAGGAAUGACCCCAUUAAGGACGGUGAUGGCUCUCCAAGUGAAGAAGGAAGUGAUGAGUCUGAGAGUGAAGAAGAAGGAGAGGAGGUGAAUCAAUUGGUUGAUGAGAGUGAGCAAGAGAGUAACCAAGAUGAGCCCAUGGAGGAGGCUGAGCCACAAGAGGAGGAGGAAGAACUCCCUAUGUACCAAGAGCACUACAAUGCUCUCUUCUCCAUGGACUUUGUGGAGACCAAGUACCCACAAGAUGACACAAUGAGGACUCUUGGGAUCUUUGAGGAUGUGGAGUUGGUACUCAAGAAUAUGCAAUUGGCAAGGUUCUUCUCUCACCGCAUGGAGUCUUACAAGGAGCUCACUUGUGAGUUUUUGGCAUCGAUGAGGUAUCACCAAUAUGAUGAGCUCGAUCGAGCUGAGUUGGACCAAGGCUGGAGUUAUAGCCAAAAGAGUGAAGACUGUCCAGACGGCUCUAUCGAGAAUCAGCGCCCAACCGGCAGACGGCUGGCCGAGGAACGAAUGUUCCGCGCUCGGCCAAAACCGUCCGUCCGUCUGAAGUCUCGGCCAAAGUUCGUCUCCGGCCGAUCACAUCACGACCCGGGAAACAUGUCCCGCGGUCGGCCACGCCACAACCACUCACGCCAGCCGCACACAACCAGCCGCGCGAGCCGGGAACAAAGCCUCGCGGCCGCGCAACCUCUCGCGUACCACGGCCGAUGCAUCCGUCCGAGCCGGGAAGACGUCCCACGUCCGGCCGAGAACCAUCGGCCAAUCUCAUCCGUCCGACCACAGCCGGCCGACGAGAAAUCAUCCGGCCACGACCGUUCCGACUCGACCACGACCCGACUGUCCGGCCGACCGUCCCGACCGACCGUCCGAACGCCGCGGUCGAGCCCAAAGCCGGCGCCGACUAGCAAGAUUAGAUGUCAAGCCCUCAAGCACCACCACCUUCAUGGGAUAGUCCUCCAAGACUAUCUCCUUGAAGACCAAGAAGAAACUUCUUCCUACCUUGAAGCAGCCGACCUGGAGACGUCUAGCCAAGCCGCAUCACAAGAAGAACACCUUCUAGCCACACCAGAAGAGGAGAUUGACCCUGAGCUGAUCGAGUUCGUGAAGAGAGAUCAAUUCCAUGAUCUGUUUUCAGAGUAUGCGCUGGAGCACAUAGAUCACUUUGACAAUCUUUGUGAUUCCUAUGGAGUUUUUGACUUUGAGAAGAAGAUGAUGCUAUUCAGCACAUCACUAGCUGGACCAGCACUAGAUUGGGCGCAGCAUGACCACUCUCUACAAUCGAGUCAUGGAUCGAUUUUAGAGAAGCUUUCUUGA